AAGUCAGACAGAUUGUCAACUCACAGCUCCUGUGUCUUUGUCAUCCAACGACACGCGACCAAACGCCAAACGCGACGACGACGACGAAGAAGAAGAAGAAGAAGACGACGACGACGAAACUCUAGAGCUGCAGGGAUACUUUAACCAGGCGGCAUACCCAUUCUUUGUUCGUAGCUAUCGACCAUCGAGAGUGGGCGCCCACUCCGCAGUCCGAGUGUCGUGCCGGACAAUACGACGCAUUGAAAGAAAUGGCAAAGAAGGGCAGGGAAAAGAGGGUAAAGGACCCCAGCAGCAUCCCCUUGGCACAGCCGGAUCGGUCUGGUCCCAGCGAAGCCACGCUGCUCCAGCUCGCCCAGGAGAGAGGCCUCUUCAAGCAGGCCGACCAGGACCCGAGGAACAAGAACCUGCCCAAGGGCGCCGUCCGGAUCGGCAAGCCCAGCAAAGCCGCCAGCAGUGAUGAUGAAGAUGACGACGAAGAAGAGGAGGACGAGGGGGGAGAAGCCUUGCUGUCCCCUGCCAUGGAACGCAUCAUGGACACACUGCUGUGGACCGUGAGCCUGGCCAUGGUCCACGGCACUUUCGAUGUGCUGGUUCAGAACCAGUACGCCAUGAGCAUCGAGUAUUCCGCCAUCAUCAGUCGCACGCUGGUCGCAUUCUUUGUUCUCUUCUUCCUCUUCUACAACCUCCACGCCCACCCCACGGGCCCAAACCUCGUUCCGGGACUUCCGCUGCGCUUCCAGCACCCCAUCCGGCAGGCCAUCUUCUUCGUUGCCAGCACGUGGGCCGGGUGCCACCUGAUAUACAUCACCAACAAGUUCAGCUACCUGUACGUCUUAAAACAGGCGCCGACGCUGGGCUGCGUGUGGAUCUGGUCGGUUCUGGAGCUCGAUCUGACCGUGGCCGUUGCCAGCCUGGCCGCGGCGGGUGCGUACCUGGUGCAGGGAGGAUACGCCAUCAAAUGAACAACCCGCGGUUCGCUACUUGGACCUCGAGGAUCUCUUGGUUGACUGAGAACUGGCCCUUCGUUCGCGCCCCCGCCUCGUUGGCUCGGUUGUUGGGCUUGGCUGCGAAGAGUCGGACACUCGCCGUGAUUUGAUGGCGUCGGUCAACGACUGGUCGUGUAUGUGUGCAUGUGCGUUGCGGAGCCGAUUCCGAUGCAUCAGACGGUAGACGAGAUCCUCCAGCCGAUGGAUCUGGGCUCGCUGCUCGGCGAUUUGCUUCUCCAUACGAAUAAAGCUGUCUUCCGUCUUCGCCUCCGUCCACGUGGUCCUUGACUCCAAAUCUCGAAUUCGCCUGCAACACGUAUGAGCUUGAGCUAGAGCUACGGCGGCCAACGGCCAGCAACAACAAAAGGGAAAACUAUAUGGGCCCUCACGAAGAUAUCAUGCUCAUUUGCGUGAACUGCACCCGAGCCGUCAGAGCCUCGCGCUGCCGGACCAAGUCCAAUGUCUUGGAACGGACGGGCAGCCAGGCCAUGGCGACAUUGGUCGUGAAGCUCCAGCUCUUGGGCACGAGCGUCCACUUGCCCUGGUUCUCCGCAUCCUGGCCGGCGGCCUUUGUCUCGGCUUCGGCUAGCAGCUCGAGGAUGCGCUGCUCCAGCUUGACCAGGUCGUCCAUGACGAAGGCAUACAUUUGGUAUUCCGGCUGGUGCUGCUGACGUGGGCCCCCGGGCCUCUCGCCGGCGGUGCGGAUCAGGUCCGAGAGCCAUGUAGACUCUGUCUUGAACCAGGACAGGGAGGCCUUGACGCGGAAAUACUCCUCAUCGCUGUUACGCAGGUAUGUGAUCCGGACGUACGCUGCCGCAAUGAUGGCGACGACGAAGGUGAGGAUGCCGGCGACGUUGGCCGCAACGGACAACGGACUGUCCUGCUGCGUCACGGGGUCCAUCGCGGGAUCAGGAGGUGGGUUUCACGCACGCGCAUGCAGAGUCAAUUGGGCGGAUGGGCGGAUGGAUGAUGACGGUGGUUUUCUGGGAAUGGCGUCGACUGGAGAAGAAUAGAUCGGUAGAGGUACCUGGGUACCUAAGCAGUUGUAGGUGAGAGUCAGGAAGGAGCGAGGUCCCCUGGAUGAAGGCAGUUGCGGGAGAGGUACCUUCCCCCCCUGUCCCUCCCGCCGCUAAAGCCUUGGCAUGGCUCUUGGCACCCGGUGAUGGGGGGAGGGGGGAUGUUUUUCGCGCCUCUCGGGGACCACGUGAUCUUUAAUUGUCGACGACCAAUCCGUCAUGUUCGACAUUUGCUGGGGUGACGAGCGAGUUCUGAUUGGUAUCGCGUUACAAGAGGCAUCACGGGAGUGUUUUCUGGGCGCUCUUUUUUGUUCAUAUUUCAAUCUUUUCAAAUCAUAAAGCUGGCAUUUUUAUCCAUCCAGAAAGGGGUGGCGAUGCGCCUUGCGUAAAUCUUAUCUACUCACACCCAGUCGUCCGUCCCCCAGUCAUUGGUACCU